GUGUCGUCUCUACAAUCGCGGUCGCUGCAAGAAGGGCGACGGCUGCGGUUCAGCGCACGUCUGCUCGGCAUGCUGGAGGAGGGGACUCCGGGUGCCCCAUGCUCUCUCCGAUGCCUGCUGCCCCGAGCCGGAGGAGGUUUCGGUGCAGGAGGUGGUGGACGUAGCUCUCCGGAAGGCCGCGAAGUUGGCAGAGUGGCCGCUCACGUCGCCGCCGGGCGGUGUGGUGGCCAGUGGAAGGACAGACCGCGGCGUCCACGCGUACCAGAUGAUCGCUUUCAGCAACUGCCACAUGUCAGGAAGUCCCAGCGAUUCCAUGCUUUGCAACUUCCCAGCGGUGUUAAAUGCCAAUUUGCCGGCAGACGUGCGCUGCCUUUCUGCUUGGUGGACAUUGGAUCUCAGUUUCUGCACCCGUGGCACGGCUGUGAAGACCUACACGUACUACGUGGCCCAGCAAAGCCCAGGAGCCGAGAUCCCUCACAGAGCGUUGGCGGUACUGCAGCCACGUGGCUCCUCCCUCCUGAAGUGCCAAGCCUGGACCAGGCGCGCAUGAAAGCUGCGGCUGCGCAGCUUGUGGGACGACAUGACUUCUGUGCAUUAUCCUCGUCAUCCGGUGGGGAGGGCUCCACCACUCGGCAGCUGAUUGCUUUGGAUGUGGGGCUCCUCGAGCAGGCUGAGUUUGGUCUGCUGGGGGCCUCCUUCGACGGCGGCCGAGUGCUGAUCAAGGACUGCCAAAGCUGCAGUUCGACGGCAGGGGCCGAGGAGGUUCGGACGCCGGGCCUUCUCUUGACGAGGUUCCGCGUUCAGGGCCGCGGAUUCCUGAAGCAUAUGGUGCGGCGCAUUGUGGGCUUCCUGCUUCAGGUGGGCUCGGGCGACUUGCCGCCGACCCGCGCCUUCGAGCUGCUGGGUCCCCACAGGGCCGAGGACCUGCCCCAGCUGCGGCCACCCAAGGCGCCAGCCCAGGGGCUCUGGCUGGAGCGGGUC